UUUUUCGGGCUAUGCACUGGAAAUCUAAACUUUUUGGGGCAGACUUCUCCCCUGUCAUUUGUUUACGAACAAAGUCCCAAAGAGGAACCACCAACAGUGAUAACAGUGGGGCAGUGUAACUGAUAAGAGAGCCGUAGACCUACAGAUGCCCGCGCUAGAAAGGCAGAUGGGGACAGUUCUCACCGGUUCGCACGAGCGUGCAGUACAAGAUCCACCAGCGGGAAUGGCGACGUUCCAAAAUACCCUCAAAAUAGCGCUGAGGAAGCGCAUGAAGGAUGCCCUUAAAAGCCUGGACUCGGAGUCCAUUGUCCGCCAAUCCCGAGCAGUCACGGCCAAGGUGCUACAAAGCGAGAGUUUCCGGCAGUCAACGCGGGUGAGCAUCUACCUGAGCACCACCUCUGAGCUGGACACCACGGAGCUGCUCUGCGAGAUGUUCCGCCUGGAGAAGAUGGUCUUCGUGCCCACCUACGAGGGUACCAAAAUGAAGAUGGUUCGAUUGCGCGGUAUGGACGAGUACGAGAGUCUCCCGCUGACCAAGUGGAACAUCAAGCAGCCGGACUUCAAGGAGGCGCGUGAAGAUGCCAUGACCAAUGGACACGGCAUCGAUCUGUUCAUUGUGCCUGGGGUGGCCUUCACCCGCACGGGAGCUCGCAUGGGCCAUGGAAUGGGUUACUACGACAAGUUCCUGAAGCAGCACGCGGACAAGUAUCCGCACAAGAAGAUCUCUCUUAUGGCACUUGCCCUUAACGAGCAGAUCAUAAGCAAUGAGGAGUUGCCAAUGGAGUCGCACGACGUCCGUUUGCACAGUGUAAUUACAGAAAAUUAACUUUAAGCUUAUAUACAAAUUGGGGAAAAAACAGUAAGCUAAUACAAAAUCUGCAAAUGUU